UUUAUGUUGCCCAGUCUUUUUUUUUUUCAACAGGAGAUCAUCACGGGACACUUGCAAACCUACCUGUUUAGUCCAAGAAGGAUCCGACACCAUAGGUAAUAUAAUCCGAGUCGGUUGUGGUCUUACAUCAUCGCGUUGUGACUGGAAAGCCAUGGCUGCUUAUACGAGAAUAUCGAGAGACGCCUCUUUCAUCAGAACUUGAAAGGGGGUUUGCUGACUACCUAUCGAUUUUUAUACCUUUUUUUUUUUGAGAGGAGGAGCGCGGAGAUCUAUGACAAACAUGAACACCGAGGCGGCACACACGUGCACAUAUACUUUGGGAAAAUCUGAGGGGUUGAGGCGGUUCAUUGCUAUUCUUGUAGCUGACCGACCGAUCACCCGUGCAGUUGAUCACGAAGUGUGCUUAUGUCGAUAAUGGCGGUUGAGCUCUACGGCUCCCGCCCGGAAGUAGAGCAAUUUUGCAUCAGUCAGAAAUACAGUCACACAUGGAGGACGUAUACGGGGAGGAGGGAGGAAGGAAAGGAAAGGAAGUAUAAAGGUCCUGGGGUUUCCAGACGGAGAGGAGCGAAUUGAUCUAGCAUCCCCCAUCUCAAAGAUCAUUCUCAAGAUCAAAGAACACGUUCAACAUACCUAGUUAAGAUACCAUACUACUAACCGGUCUGCAAAACGACAAACCUCUCUCUCUCUCUCUCUCUCAGCAAAAAUGAAGUUCCUCCUCCUCCUCCCAGCUCUUCUCGGCCUUGCCGUCUCCCACCCAGCUGCUCCCGAGCUUGACCGUCGCGCCGACCCCCAGAUUGCCCACUUCUACUUCCAAGCCGCCGCUACCGGCUACAACCUGACUGUUCCCGCCGACGGGAACUGGUAUCCUACCAACAACGGUCUGAACAUCAACAUCAUCACCGCCCUCGACUUCACCGUCAACCAGUGCGAGUUCGCCACGCACCAGCAGGUCGCUUUCAACUACCAGCUGAGCGGUGACUCGUUCCCCAAGGAGCAGUUUGCUGUUGGUCCGCCGCAGCCGAUUGACUCGGUCAGAUGCCACGGUUAUUGUUUGGGGAUUUAUGAGGAUUGUGUCAAGAACGGACAGUACGUCGGCACCUGCUGCAACGGCUUCUGCGCGGCCAAUAAAUGCCGCCCGUAUGUCUAUCCUCAGGAUAUCUCGGAGUAAGUGAAGCAGAUGGAAGUGAGAUGAAAGGAAGGAAGGAAGGAAGGAAGGGUGAAGAAAGGAUAACAGGAUUAUUGGACGAUUGAUGGAGUACUAUUCUAGGCACAAAUCUGGGAUGGAAGGAUUUGCGGGUAAGGACGGAAGGGAACGAUGAAUGACUGAACGAAUGGCGACUUUGGGAUGAAUCUUGUAUUUAGUCUGACCCCUCUUUGUUCUAUAUUCCAAUCUUUACAGUUCUAUGACAUCUUCACUGGUUCA